AGGUGGGUCUGGGUUGGGUUUGGUUUGGGUUUGGCCUUUCGGGCGAGGAAGAAAAGAAGCGUUGUUUUGUCACACAGACAUAGGUUUCUCCGUCUGUGUUGUUGGAGAAGAAACAAGUGUUCUUUGAUCCGACCAACGAGACAUCCAGACCCACACCAACGACCUCAUAUGCAUUUGUACAGCUGACAGCUGUUCUAUUCUCUCUCGCUUUAACUAUUCUUCUCAAGGCCACGCCUCGUAGCCCUUUACCAACUCAGAAAGAAUUUCAGACUAUCUCUAAAAAUGGCUCAUGCAGUGCUUCGAUCUUGCUCCUUGUCACCUCUUCCCAGAAAUUCUUCCUCCGCGGACCUUCCCACGGCCCCCCCGGCUUCUGCCUCUCCAAUCUUUGGUUCCCAGUUCAAAUUAGUGGGAAUCGAGCACACCCAUGGGAGAUUUCUUAAUUAUUUCAAUCCUACAUUGAGGUUGAAAGCCUCAAGGGAGUCACAGGGGCUGACAGAGCAAGUUACAUACAACAAACAGAACCGUUUAGUAGAAACCCAACAUGGCUCUGAUCUGUUCAGCGAAUUGAAACAUCGGUUUCUAAGUUUCAAAAAGCAUAAAUUCCUGGACAACUUUGAAUGCUUUCAAAAUCUUGCCAAGGGUCAAGCACCAAAGUUUAUGGUGAUUGCUUGUGCAGACUCUAGGGUUUGUCCCUCCCACAUCCUAGGCUUUCAACCGGGAGAAGCCUUUGUAGUGCGCAAUGUAGCAAAUCUGGUGCCUCCGUAUGAGAAUGGGCCGUCAGAAACAAAUGCUGCCCUUGAAUUUGCUGUGAAUGCUCUUGAAGUCGAAUAUAUACUGGUUGUUGGCCACAGUUUCUGUGGUGGUAUUCGUGCCCUUAUGAGCAUGCAAGACAAAGAAAAUUCAAGCUUUAUUCAAAGUUGGGUAGUUGUUGGAAAGAAUGCAAGAUUAAGCACAAAGGCAGCUGCUUCUAACCUAGACUUUGAACAGCAGUGCAGGCACUGUGAGAAGGAAUCAAUCAACCGUUCAUUGUUGAACUUGCUCACUUACCCCUGGAUAGAAGAAAAGGUGGGGAGAGGGUUGCUUUCAAUUCAUGGGGGCUAUUAUGACUUUGUUGACUGUACAUUUGAGAAAUGGACACUUGAUUACGAGGAAACUACCAUGAGGAAGGAAACUGGCAUUUACUCACUCAAAGACCGAGAAACUUGGUCUUGAUUUUCCCAUUGUGUUCUUCUCUCCUUUCAUUUGCCUGGCUGCUGCAACUUGAAUUGUACGUAGCAUUGGCAGUCUUGAAGUUUUAGGGAGCUUCUUGUGGAAACCUUAGAGAGAGAGAGAGAGAGAGCUAAUUAAAACACAUAAUGCUUAUGUCGUCUUAUCUGUGGGCAGUGUUGUAAUGUUCAUUUGUAUUUGAAUAAAAGAUGCUGUUAUUGUAGUCC